GCAGAAGUGUUUGCAUUUUCCAUACCGAGUACCAACAGAACCAAGUGCAUCUUGCUGGUGGCAGCCUUCCUUCUCUACGCCGCCUGCUUUUUGUAGAUAGAUCAACUACAGACACCUCCAGGUAAGCAGCUGAAGUCACAACUAUUGAUGUAAGAUCAAGAAGCGUGAUGUAUUUCUGUAAGGGAAAACAUCUGAGAUGACAACCUCCUUAGAGAAAAGGCCUCUCCAUCUGCUUUGUCAGAGCUGUGGGUCUGUCUGUCCUGGGGCAUCCUUCUAUGGCACCUCAGCUCCUCUAUGACCAAAAGCAGCCUGAAGUUGCAGGUAUCACUCCAGAGGGAUGUGCUGGACUGUCAGAGCAUCAAAUCUGGAUCACCCCCUGCGGCUCUGGCCCAACCCACGGCCAUUUGUCCCCAGGAGAAGGCAGAGACUUGUGCCCUGUAUUGACUUUGCCCAUAGAAACCUCUUCUGCAACAAAGCUCCCUGCCCCAAGAGCCGUGCGGUCGGUCGGAGCGUGGGUCCAUCCUGCAGGCACCAGCCCUGAGUGACCAUGGCGACACAGCGUACACAAAGGCUGCAGGCGUGGGGCUGACCCACACCAGGCUGGGGCCACUCCAGCGCAGCCAUCCCAUGGGGCGAGAUGGGGACCCAGGUGCCUCUGUAGGGUCCAUCCCAUCCCCGUGUCUGCCUGGGAAAGCGGUGCCCGGCGGAUGGGAAGAAAGGAAAGAAGAAGUUAGCCGUUUUUCUCCUCCUGUUAAUUAUUUUUGAGUGUUUUAUUCCAAAUUCAGUCCCUGGCAGGAUUUUCGCAAGGUGUGAAUGCCACGGCACCAUCCUGAGAGCAGUGCUUGGUUUGCAGGCAGUGUAGUUAGCUGAUUGUACCCAGCGCCCCACAAUCACUAAAUUCACUGCCAUCAAAACAAGGCACAGGACCCCGUGUGACAGCCUCCCUGCGUCCUUAUUCCUAGUGCAAAAAGGGCCAGCGUUUCUUUGCUUACACCCUUACUUCCAGCUGCCCAACAGACAUUGCUGUGCGUUGCCAAUAUCGAGUGAAAUAUCAGAUUUGCUUAAAUGGAUGGGCUGAUUUUUGGGUGGUCCUGCGUGGAGCUGGGAGUUGGGCUCGGUGACCCCUAUGGGUCCCUUCCAUCUCGGGAUGUUCUAUGAGUCUGUGCUAAACUGGUGCUAAAAUCCUUUGGAACAAAACGCUGCCCGCUGUGCUGAAGUUGUUCAGUUGCAUGAAGACUUUUUGUUGAUGCACCAGGAAUGGGCUGAGAAUGGUCUGUUCUGCCUUUGUCAGCUACAAAGAAAACCAUUUGCAUUCAGCUUUCAUGUCUGACUUAAGAAGCCAGUAAGCCAGUAGGGUUUUAAGCACUGAUUAAAUAUUAAGCUCAGCGAACGCUAUAAGUGGCUUUGACUGUGACCACUUUGCUUAACGUUCAGUAAUUAUAAUAAGGGGGAAAAUACAUACUUAACAGUGUUAUAACCUGCUGUAAUAGUGGGGGGAGGGGUGUUGUUUGUUUUCUUUCUUAGAAAACCCCAAAUUUCAUACAAGUAGGACGAGGAAGGGAGGAGUUCAUCCAUCAGCCUGGUUACCAGGCAGUGUAGUUAGCUGAUUGCCACCAGGACCAAUCACUAACCACACAGCCAGGUAAAAAGGCUGGGGAGAAAGCCCAGUGGGAGCACACAGGAAUUCAUCUUCUGAGCAAAGGGAAUCUUUUCUUCUUCCCAAAAUCUGUACACAUAGGCCGUGCUGAUCUCAGCCUUGGGCUUGCCAAACUCUGCGUCCGCCUACACGUGUUGAAGAAAUGCAAUUCAGCCCUACGGGUUUCUAAAUCAAAACAAACGUUUUUGUCAUCAGUGUGAACAGCAGAGCCCCAGCGCGGGCUGACGGGAACGUGUCAGCAGAGCAGGCAGCGCCGUGCCCAGGCUGCAGGGCAGGACUGGGGCCACCAGAUGGAGGGGGGCCAUCGGGGCGCAGCCUCACGUGUCCCCACGAGCACAAAGCCUGAUGGGCACCUCGUCUUUGCCGGCUCGAGCCCAGCUCAUGUGGAGUUUGCCCGCAUCUUCUGGAGCACCGCCGUGCUGCCGCCGCUGCUCGAGUCCUCCCUGGGUCCCACCAAGCUGUGGCGUGAGGGACCUUCCCCUGGGCAGACCCCAUCUCCUGGGCAGACCCCGGCCCACAGGCGGACCCCAUCAGCUGCUCUCAGCGUGCAGAAAGCUGAAGCAAAAGCAAAAUAUGGCCAGCAGGCCAAGAAGAGAGAAGAAAUAUUGGCUUUGCUGAGGAAGCAGAGAGCAGAAAGGAUCGCGAAAGAGCUGAUUUCUCGUCCACAUAAACCAAAGAUGAAAAGCGAUCAAGUAAGCAGGCAGAAGGCGUUUGAAGCUGAGCGUGAGGACCAAGAAGCAGUGAAGGCCCUCAGAUAGCCCAGCCCAGUUCUGGAGGUGACGACCCGCUCUGAUUGGGACUUUGGGCUGUGUACACCUCUGCUGUGGUCACAUUUCUUGUUGUUCACACUGAGACACAGCACGGCCAACAGCGGCUGCGAUGGGAUUGCAGCAGCUUCUCAACCCAGCCCAGAUGUCCCCGUUCUGCUGAAGUUAAAAUGAACAUUUAGUUUGGAAAAGUUACUGAGCUGUGGUGCCCUGUUGUGCUGGUGGUGGUUUUGGAAGCCCUCUCUAUUGCUCCCAUGUCAGAACCACUUUGUGUCCAACAGCACUUUGUUCCCAGUUGGGUUCUUCUAUUGGAAGAGACCGAAUGCAAGCAGCAGAAUGCAUGUCCACCAGUAACUGCACAAAACAUAGUGCUGCUGCUUGCCAUGGGUGUAUUCCCUUGUUUUCUUUCCUUCAGAGCCAGUGCAGAAAUGUUUCCCAAUGGAUUCAGCAGACGUACAUCCUGACAAAGAUGAUUUCCUUUGUCGGGUGCUAUUCCAAGAACUCCUGCUUACUGGUGGAGCCUUAAGACAAUGUCAGAGGCUGAAGUUCAGCCCGAAACCCAGGCUGUGUCAGUUCAGGUGCUCAGUUAUUCCUUGUACUCAAGGCAUUUCCAUAUGAUAAUAGUAAUAGUGAGAACGUGUCGUCUUUACGGAUAUGCCAUGCUUCGAAGUGUUGUCUUCUAAAAGACAUUAAACUGGUUGUCUUACCAAAUUA